AUGAAGCUCACUCUCUUGACUCUUGCAUUGUUGGUUGCCAUAGCCCAGGCUGCUCCUCUCGAAGCCAGGGCCAAGAAAACCUCGCCCGCAAAGAAACCAAAGGCCAAGUCGUCCGCAAAGAGUUCAAAGGCCACUACUGUACCUACUAUCUCGACAGGCUAUACCUCCUCCCCCUCCGUAAACACAGGUAGCUCCGGCUCGUCUUCCGGGUUGAUCACAGAGGCUUGUAACAUCGGAUAUGCUACGCUGAAUGGAGGCACUACGGGUGGCGGCUCUGCUUCUACUACCACAGUCACUUCACUUGCGGAGCUCACAGCGUGUGCUACAAAGGCUGGGCCGGCUGUCUGCUUGAUCAAAGGCGCGAUCACUGGAAAUACAGCUAUCAAGGUCACGGCUGAUACCACCAUUGCCGGUGCUGCUGGCUCUUCCUUAACCGGCGUGGGUUUCCGCGUCUUCAAGGUCAAAAAUGUCAUUCUCCGCAACCUGAAGAUCUCCAAGGUCUUGGCCAGUGCAGGAGACGCAAUAGGUAUUCAGAAAGCAUCCAAUGUCUGGGUCGAUCAUUGUGACCUCUCCUCUGAUCAGGAUCACGGCAAGGACUACUACGACGGGCUCUGCGACAUUACGCACGCCUCUGACUAUAUUACCGUCUCCAACACAUACUUGCACGACCAUUACAAGGCAUCCCUUGUUGGGCACUCUGACAACAACGGCGCUGAGGACACUGGACACUUGAUUGUUACCUACGCGAACAACUUCUUCGAGAACCUCAACUCUCGUGGCCCAUCUGUCCGUUUUGGAACUGCUCAUAUCUACAACCACUAUGCUAAGACCGCUUCUACUGGUGUCAACACCCGCAUUGGCGCUCAACUUCUCAUCGAGUCAUCUGUAUUCGAGGGCGUCCCCAUGGCUAUACAGUCUGCGUACUCCAAGUCCGUCGGAUACGCCACUGUCAAAGAUGUUGACCUCGGAACCGGAACCAACACCGUCAAGGCCUCGACUCUCACCUCUGUCCCAUACAAGUAUACUCUUUUGGGCUCCGAGAAAGUUGCCUCUGCAGUAACUGCUACUGCGGGACAGACUCUCAAGUUUUAG